AUGAAGACUGCCUUCGCUCUAUCCGCUGUCAUAUCCAGCGCGUUCGCCGCCGCCGCCGCCGCCGCCUCCAGCGCCCCGCCCUUCCAGCUUCUCAUCAGCGGCGCUCAGUCCCGCGCCACCGAGCUCAAGGGCCGCGCCCUCAUCAGCCAGGGCGACGCCUUCAUCCUGGCCCCUCACGGUGAACAUGGAAUCAACUUCACCGGUGGAGAUGGUACUCUGGGUAUCCAGAAUGGUGAUGUCGUCUACGUGGGCACCGACGGACAUGUCGGCCUCAAGAGUACCGGCGGUAUCGCUGCAGGAGGGUUGACCCAGGGAUUCACCACGGGCAGCGACAAUGCGCUGAAGUGGGUCCAGGGCCAGUUCUUCGCCUGUCCCCACGUCUCGUUCCACGCCGAGGGUCCUCCCACCUACAUGAUCUACGCCACCCGCUCCGGUGCCGCGCUUCCUACCGACUGCAUUGCGGUUGACCUUGCUAAGGUUGCUGUCUGA